AUGAUGGAUAAUAGUUAUGACCAUUGGUUUUCAAAAUAUGAUUAAGAGUCUUUUGAAAAAGAUUUCUUGAAAGUUCCAUAUUAUGAUUUCCUAAAUCAGUUGGUAUCAUGAAUUAAAAUUAUAUAGAUUGUUAAUCCUGAUUUCAGUCUUCUUCCAAAUGAACCUUAAUUAUCAUUAGAUAAUGUACAUAAGGUAUUGUAAUAAACUAUACAAAAAAAUCAUUUGAUUAUUUCAACAUUCAUUUUAAACUUACUUGAUAAUUCAAAAGAGCCUUUUUUAAGAUGGGUGAGAAGUGUAAUUGCAUAUAUAGAUUGUGAAAAAGUCUAUUCAAUUAUGUUUUGGAAUUUAAAUUUCAUUCCUAACUUUCUUGAAUAUAGAUUGUAUGCUAGUUUCAUUAGACUUUACAAAUUCUUAAUUAGUUUAAACUAAAAUGUGAUUUAAGCAAAAUCCCUUAAUACAGAAUAAAUUAGAUUGUCAAACAAAUUCACUAUUAAAACACUUGCUGAAAGAUAUCAAGAUUCUUUAUAUGUAUCCUUUGAUGAAUUGGCCAAACUUUAAAGACAAAUGCUUAAAGUCUUAAAACCAUUAGUUAGUCAAAAUCCUACAUUAAUAGGUAAGAUUUACUAUUUCAUCUAUCAUAUGUAUGAUAAACCAACAAUGCAAUUAUUAAAAGAUCUUGAUUAAUAAUUUGGUUAAUUAGAAAAUUAAUGGGUCAAAAAGAUUCUAAUAGAAAAUGAAUUGGCUGAAAAAUACAUUGAUGCUUAUUUAAAUGAUGAUAAAUAAGGUGGAGAUCAAUUUGAAUUUGAAGAUUCUGAAAUCUUAAAAUAAUUAAUGAGUUAAAAUAAAUAAGAAAAUUUAUAUAAAGUGGAUACUUAAGAUAAAUCAUUAUUAGAAAAAUCAAAGAAAACAUAAUUUCUUAAUAAUUUAGAUAAUAAAAAUAAAAGAAGGAAUCAUGAUGGUAAAUCUUCAGUUUUUGUAUAAAAUUAUAGUAUUGUUUCAGAUUCAACAAUUUCAUCUAAUGAUAAUAGAUCUAAGAUUUAUUCUGAAGAUGUAUCUAAUAUAAAAUAUAAUAAUAAUGUCUAAUCUAAUUUAACAAGUGAAUAAUAUACAUUUAAUCAAUAUUCAAAUAAUAAUUUAUAGAAUUCAGUUAUUGGAUUUUUAGCUAGUGAUCUUAUUCAUCUUGAAAAAGAACAUUAUUAAGAAUUUAAAAAUAAUAAAUUACAAAAAAGAAUAUAAAUUGAUGAUUCUAUCAAAUUAAAUGAUGAUUUAGUAGAAUUUAUAUCAAAAGCAGAUAAUUAAAUCUCUAUUAUUAAAGAUGAAGAUAUUUUAAUUGGAGAUAAUUAUAAAAGGAAAAAAUAAAGAAUUAAAAAUACUAAAAAUAUAGAAGAAAAUGAAUCCCCUGAUGUUCAUAGAAAGUAAACUAUGAUCAAUACUNAAAAGUCUAUUCAAUUAUGUUUUGGAAUUUAAAUUUCAUUCCUAACUUUCUUGAAUAUAGAUUGUAUGCUAGUUUCAUUAGACUUUACAAAUUCUUAAUUAGUUUAAACUAAAAUGUGAUUUAAGCAAAAUCCCUUAAUACAGAAUAAAUUAGAUUGUCAAACAAAUUCACUAUUAAAACACUUGCUGAAAGAUAUCAAGAUUCUUUAUAUGUAUCCUUUGAUGAAUUGGCCAAACUUUAAAGACAAAUGCUUAAAGUCUUAAAACCAUUAGUUAGUCAAAAUCCUACAUUAAUAGGUAAGAUUUACUAUUUCAUCUAUCAUAUGUAUGAUAAACCAACAAUGCAAUUAUUAAAAGAUCUUGAUUAAUAAUUUGGUUAAUUAGAAAAUUAAUGGGUCAAAAAGAUUCUAAUAGAAAAUGAAUUGGCUGAAAAAUACAUUGAUGCUUAUUUAAAUGAUGAUAAAUAAGGUGGAGAUCAAUUUGAAUUUGAAGAUUCUGAAAUCUUAAAAUAAUUAAUGAGUUAAAAUAAAUAAGAAAAUUUAUAUAAAGUGGAUACUUAAGAUAAAUCAUUAUUAGAAAAAUCAAAGAAAACAUAAUUUCUUAAUAAUUUAGAUAAUAAAAAUAAAAGAAGGAAUCAUGAUGGUAAAUCUUCAGUUUUUGUAUAAAAUUAUAGUAUUGUUUCAGAUUCAACAAUUUCAUCUAAUGAUAAUAGAUCUAAGAUUUAUUCUGAAGAUGUAUCUAAUAUAAAAUAUAAUAAUAAUGUCUAAUCUAAUUUAACAAGUGAAUAAUAUACAUUUAAUCAAUAUUCAAAUAAUAAUUUAUAGAAUUCAGUUAUUGGAUUUUUAGCUAGUGAUCUUAUUCAUCUUGAAAAAGAACAUUAUUAAGAAUUUAAAAAUAAUAAAUUACAAAAAAGAAUAUAAAUUGAUGAUUCUAUCAAAUUAAAUGAUGAUUUAGUAGAAUUUAUAUCAAAAGCAGAUAAUUAAAUCUCUAUUAUUAAAGAUGAAGAUAUUUUAAUUGGAGAUAAUUAUAAAAGGAAAAAAUAAAGAAUUAAAAAUACUAAAAAUAUAGAAGAAAAUGAAUCCCCUGAUGUUCAUAGAAAGUAAACUAUGAUCAAUACUAAAUAACAAGAAAAUCAUGAAGAUGAAUUAAGAAAAGUAAGAGCCAGAAGAUUAUUAGGUGAAUAAAAUCAACUCUUUAAUGAAAAACAUAGAUAUGUAAAUAAUUAAGAUAAUCAAUUAUCUACUGAUAAAGAUAUACAUAGUAAAUUAUAUUAUAUAAAUUUAGGAUAUUCAUUUGAAGAUUCAAUAAGUGAAGAGGAUGAUGAAUCUGAGGAUGAAAUUAAACUUAAAUAAUAAUAAACUAAAGUAAUUAUUCCAAUAAAUUAAUCAUAAAAUACUUAAGGAAUUAUAUUUGAUAAAUUUUAAUAAUAUUCUGGAUUAUAUAUUUAAGGAGGAUCUGAAAAAAAUAAAUAUUUCUUGAAUCGAUUAUUUCAUAUGAAUGAAAAUUCACUUAGAAUAUCAGGAAAAUCUUUAGCUCCAGAUUUUGAAGAAAGAAAAUGGUAAUUAUUAUAAUGUAAAUUAAUUAAGGGAAUUUUUAAAAUAAAGUAUAUUACCAUAAAAUGUAAUAAAAGAAGAAAAUUAUGUUUUAAACUUUGAUGAAAAAACUAAACCUAUUUUUGAUAGAUAAUACAAAUUCAAACAAAAAUUAAAGAGUAAUUAUGAAAAAUACUAUUAUUUUUGA